CCCCAUCUCCCCUCUCUUUGUAUCUCUCCUCUCCGCCCCUCUCUUCCUCUGUAUCUCUCGCCCCCUCUCCCCUCUCUGUAUCUAUGUCUCUCUCCUCCUCUCCUCCCUAUCUCCCCUCUGUAUCUUUCUCCCCUGCUAUCUGUAUCUGUCUCUCUGUCUCCCCCUCUCCCUAUCUUUCCCUCACUCUCCCUCUCUCUCUCUAUCUCUGUAUGUGUCUCUCUUUGUCCUUCUGUCUCUCUCUGUGUGUGUAUGUCUGUGUGUGUGUGCAAGCAUGCGCGCGCCCAGCAAGCUCUCAUUGGGGCUCUUCACUACUCCUUUUUGUUCUUCUUCGCAACUUUUUGAUAAUCCAAGAUAGCUGAGGAAUGAGUGCAUCCUCCUCCACCUCCUCUCGCAACACCCUAGCUGGCUGUGGCGGGGCUUGGGAGCAUGCGCACGAGCGGGAAGAGCCACCUCAAGCGGCCAGGCCUUAUCAUGAGAUACACAAAGUCGGAACCUUAUGAAAUCCUUGCUAACCAAAAUUUUCUCUUGCUGGGAAAAAAAAAGAGCGGAAUAACUUGGAGGAAUCAGUCCUGCAGCACCAGAAAUGGUCCCGUGAAGGAAAAGGCAUCUGGAGACCCACCAGAGUCCUUGGAGCCAUUUGCAGUUGCUCUGCAGGACAGAGAAAGGAUGGAGACACAACCUUUUGGAAAGGAGGGAAGCGGAAAAGGCCCUUCAGCUGCUCAGCCGGGGAAGAGGGGGAAGCUCUGGACAAGGACUGGGCAGGAGAUCCUGGAGGAGGAAACCAUCCUCCCUUCAGAAGUUCAGCCCUGGAAGUUCAUCCAAUACCAGGACGCUGAGGGUCCCCGAGGCCUUUGCAGACGACUCCAUGACUUUUGUAGGCGAUGGCUGAGACCAGAAAAGCACACCAAAGCCCAGAUGCUGGACCUGGUGGUUCUGGAGCAGCUCCUUGCUCUUCUGCCCGCAGAGAUGGAGGGCUGGGUGCGGGAGUGUGGAGCAGAGACCAGCUCCCAGGCGGUGUCCCUGGCGGAAGGCUUCCUUCUGAGCCAGGUGGAGGAGAAGAAAGAGCAGGUCAAGUUGCAGUGCUGCACUGUGGAGAUUAGAGAUCCUGAGCGAAAGACGAAUCCAUCAAAUCCCCCUCAGGAGCUAUUUUUCAGGAGGAUCUCUGGGGAAGAUCAAAGUCAGGACACUUCAGGAGAGAAACAAAGAAUGAAGUUUUCUGUUUUUUACGACGGAGCUCAAACUGUGAUUGAACUUCCAAAUCAAGAGAGUCUUGUGUCCUUCGAGGAGGUGGCUGUGUAUUUCUCUGAGGAGGAAUGGUCUCAGCUGGAUCCUGACCAGAAAGCGCUGCAUUCGGAAGUCAUGCUUGAAAACCAUAGGAACGUGGUCUCUCUGGGUAAUAAUGGGCAGGAGAAUCAAGAAUCCUGUGAACUGUUCCAAGUGACCAAUGCUAAAGAUGAAACAGAGAAGUUUGGAUUUCGAAUGGAAUUCGAAAGCCAUGAGAGAAGCCAGUCAAAUAAUUGGAAUCAGGAUAGCUCAUAUUCCACUGAUGCUCCAAUGCAAGACUUUCUUGCCCAACAAGACAAAAUAAGGAAAAAAUAUAUUGGGAAAAGCGUAAACGAAGACUAUUUAACCCAAAACAAAGGAAAAGAUGCUAUAAGAUACAAUGGACAAAAUUACAAUGGGACAUUCAUUUAUUCUCUUGGAAAUAACUUCUUUACAUCUGAAAAAGUGAUUCACACAAAAAAGGAGCCUUAUGAAUGUUUGGAAUCUGGAAAACAUUUUGGAACAAGCUGGCAACUUACUUCCCACGAAAGGAUUCACACCGGGGAGAAACUUUGUUCAGAAUCCCCUGUAGCCUAUGCAGCCCAGUCCCUCCAAGCAGCAGGAGAGAAACCCUAUAAAUGCACGGAGUGUGGAAAGACCUUUGCUCAACGUAGGUAUCUUGCUUCCCAUAAGAUUAUCCACACAGGGGAAAAACCCUAUAAAUGCAUGGAGUGUGGAAAGACCUUUGCUCAAAGAGGUAAUCUUAUUUCCCAUAAGAUGAUCCACACAGGGGAAAAGCCAUUUAAAUGCAUGGAGUGCGGAAAGACCUUUAUUUAUAGCAAUGGACUUAGAUACCAUAAAAUGAUCCACACAGGAGAGAAACCAUAUACAUGCAUGGAAUGUGGAAAGACCUUUGCUCAACACAGUUAUCUUGCGUCCCAUAAGAUGAUCCACACAGGGGAAAAGCCAUUUAAAUGCAUGGAGUGUGGAAAGACCUUUGCUCGAAGAGAUAAUCUUAUUUCCCAUAAGAUGAUCCACACAGGGGAAAAGCCAUUUAAAUGCAUGGAGUGUGGAAAGACCUUUAUUUAUAGCAAUGGACUUAGAAACCACAAAAUGAUCCACACAGGAGAGAAACCAUAUACAUGCAUGGAAUGUGGAAAGACCUUUGCUCAACGCAGUUAUCUUGCGUCCCAUAAGAUGAUCCACACAGGGGAAAAGCCAUUUAAAUGCAUGGAAUGUGGAAAGACCUUUCCUCGAAGAGGUCAUCUUAUUUCCCAUAAGAUGAUCCACACAGGAGAGAAACCAUAUACAUGCAUGGAAUGUGGAAAGAGCUUUGCUCAACGCAGUUAUCUUGCUUCCCAUAAAAAGAUCCACUCAGAAGAAAAACCAUUUAAAUGCACAGAGUGUGGAAAGACCUUUACUAAGAGCAGUGCUCUUACUUCUCAUAAGAUGAUCCACACAGGGGAGAAACCAUAUAAAUGCAUGGAGUGUGGAAAGACGUUUCCUCAAAGAGGUAAUCUUAUUUCCCAUAAGAUGAUCCACACAGGGGAGAAGCCAUAUAAAUGCAUGGAGUGUGGAAAGACCUUUGCUCAACGCAGUUAUCUUGCUUCCCAUAAAAGGAUCCACUCAGAAGAUAAACCAUUUAAAUGUAUGGAGUGUGGAAAGACCUUUUCUCGAAGAGGUAAUCUUAUUUCCCAUAAGAUGAUCCACACAGGGGAGAAGCCAUUUAAAUGCAUGGAGUGUGGAAAGACCUUUGCUCAACGCAGUUAUCUUGGUUCCCAUAAAAAGAUCCAUACAGGGGAGAAGCCAUAUAAAUGCACUGAAUGUGGAAAGAGCUUUGCUCAGAAUGGUAAUCUUACUUCUCAUAAAAGGAUCCACACUCGGGAGAAAGUAUACAAAUGUAGAGAGUAUGAUAAUAGGUUCAGAAGUUAUAGUAAUCUUAUUUCCCAUAAAAGGAUCAACUCAGGAGAGAAACCAUAUAAAUGCCUGGAGUGUGGGAAAACCUUUACUCAUAGCAAAGGACUUAGAAACCACAAAACAGUCCACACAGGAGAGAAACCAUAUAAAUGCAUGGAGUGUGGAAAAUCCUUUACUCUGAACUAUAGACUUACUAUCCACAAAAAGAUCCACACAGGGGAAAAGCCAUUUAAAUGCAUGGAAUGUGGAAAGACCUUUGGUCAAAGAUGUACUCUUAUUUCCCAUAAAAUAAUCCACACAGGCGAAAAGCCAUAUAAAUGCAUGGAGUGUGGAAAGUCCUUUGCUCAAUGCAGUUACCUUGCUUCCCAUAAAAGGAUCCACUCAGAAGAGAAACCAUAUAAAUGUAUGGAGUGUGGAAAGACCUUUGCUCAGAGCAAUGCUCUUACUUCUCAUAACAGAACCCACACAGGAGAGAAGCCAUAUAAAUGCAUGGAAUGUGGAAAGACCUUUGCUAAUAAUAGUAAUCUUACUUAUCAUAAAAUGAUCCAUGCUAAGGAGAAACCCUAUAAAUGCAUGGAGUGUGGGAAAACCUUUAUUCAUAGCAAUGGACUUAGAAUCCACAAAACAAUCCACACAGGAGAGAAACCAUAUAAAUGCAUAGAGUGUGGAAAGACCUUUGCUCUGAGCAAAAGACUUACUGUGCACAAAAAGAUCCACACAGGGGAAAAACCAUUUAAAUGCAUGGACUGUGGGAAAACCUUUACUCAACGUGGUCAUCUUAUUUCCCAUAAGAUGAGCCACACAGGGGAGAAGCCAUUUAAAUGCAUGGAUUGUGGAAAGACCUUCGCUCUCAGAGGUAAUCUUAUUUCCCAUCAGGUGAUCCACACAGGGGAGAAACCAUAUAAAUGCAUGGAGUGUGGGAAAACCUUUACUCGUAGCAAUGGACUUAGAAUCCACAAUAUGAUCCACACAGGAGAGAAACCCUAUAAAUGCAUGGAGUGUGGGAAAACCUUUAUUCAUAGCAAUGGACUUAGAAUCCACAAAAUGAUCCACACAGGAGAGAAACCCUAUACAUGCAUGGAGUGUGGAAAGACCUUUGCUCAGCAUGGUCAUCUUAUUUCCCAUAAGAUGAUCCACACAGGGGAGAAACCAUAUAAAUGCAUGCAGUGUGGAAAAACCUUUACUCGUAUCUAUGAACUUACUAUGCAUAAAAAGGUCCAUACAGGGGAAAAGCCAUUUAAAUGCAUGGAGUGUGGAAAGACCUUUGCUCUCAGCAGUGUACUUAGAAACCACAAAAGAAUCCACAUUGCAGAGAAGCCGUAUAAAUGCAUGGAAUGUGGAAAGACCUUUGCUCUGAGCAAUAGACUUACUAUCCACAAAAUGAUCCACACAGGGGAAAAGCCAUUUAAAUGCAUGGAGUGUGGAAAGACCUUUGCUCAACGUUGUCAUCUUAUUUCCCAUAAGAUGAUCCACACGGGGGAGAAGCCGUAUAAAUGCAUGGAGUGUGGAAAGACCUUUGCUCAAAGUAGGAAUCUUAUUUCCCAUAAGAUGAUCCACACCGGGGAGAAGCCGUACAAAUGCAUGGAGUGUGGAAAGACCUUUGCUCAAAGUAGGAAUCUUAUUUCUCAUAAGAUGAUCCACACAAGGGAGAAGCCAUUUGAAUGCAUAGAGUGUGGAAAGAACUUUGCUCAACGCCGCUAUCUUUCUUGCCAUAAAAAGAUCCACUCAGAAGAGAAACCAUUUAAAUGCAUGGAGUGUGGAAAGACGUAUACUAAAAGCAGUGCUCUUACUUCUCAUAACAGAAUCCACACAGGAGAGAAACCAUAACAAUCAGUGGUGAAAUCUAAAAUUUGUUACUACCGGUUCUGUGGGCAUGACUUUGUGUGGGGGGUGGGUGGGUAAUGUGACUGGGUGGGCAUGGCCAAUUUUUUUUUUUUUUACUUUUAAAACCAUUUUUUCUACAACCUCUUUGGCGAAGAGGUUGUAAAAAAAUGCUUUCAAAAGGCUCUGAUGAUCCCAGCUGAGUUGCCUGAUCAGCAGAGGCUUUUUUUCUUCUAAAAGCCUCUGCCAAUCAGGCAAUUUAGCUUGGAUCAUCAGAGGCAUUUAAAAGAAUAAAAGCCUCUGCCGAUCAGGCAACUAAGCUGGGAUCACCAGAGGCUUCAGAACCUCAGAAGAGGUUGUAGAAAAAAGCUUUUAAAAGCCUUUGACGAUCCCAGCUGAGCCGUGCGAUCAUCAGAGGCUUUUUUUUUACUUUUAAAAGCAUUUUUUUGCCCAAAGGGGUUGUAGAAGAAAUGCUUUAAAAUUUUUUUUUAAAAAGCCUUUGUUGAUUGUGCAGCUCAGCUGGGCAUGGGUGGGGGCAGGGAUUUUUGCUACUGGUUCUCCAAACCACCCGCCUCCAUCGCUACCGGAUUGGGUGAUCCGAUCCGAACUGGGAGCAUUUCACCCGAUAACAAUGCAUGGAAUGUGAAACAACCUUUUCUCAGAAUGGUAAACUUCUCAUAAAAGGAUCCACGCUCGGGAGAAAGUAUAUAGCAUUAAAUAUUUAAUUUAGCAUUUAAUAUUAAGUAUUAAACUUAUCUACCACUCCACAAAGCUUUAUAGGAGUCUUUAAGCAGUUUACUAAGUCAGCAUAUUGUCCCCAGAAAUCUGGGUCCUCAUUUUACCAACCUGACAAUGGUUAAAGACUCAAUCAUGCAUGAGCCGGUCAGAUUGAACUCCUGGCUGUGGGCAAUUAUCUUCUGGUACUGCAUUCUAACCUCUGACCCACCAUGUCUAGAGAUUUUUAUGUGUAUGCACAUUGUGACUUUCUGAUCCACAUGAGACAAGGUUGAAUCCAACAAAGUAAAAUUUAAUGUUGAGAAAAGUAAGGUUUUAUACCUGGGCAGGAAAAACAGAUUACGUGAAACCUGGCUCAAAAACAGUAACUGUGUGAAGGGACCUUGGGAAUCCGAAUGGAUGAUCGCUUGAAUAUGAGUCACCUGUGUGGGGCAGCAGCCAAAAAAGCUAAUACAAUCUUUGGUUGUAUAAACAGGCAUAAAAUCAAAAUCACAUAAAGUAUUAGAACUUUUUUUAAAGCCUUAGUAAGACCACACUUGGAAUACUGCGUCCAGUUUUGGACAUUACAUUACAAAAAAGAUGUUUAGUCUUUGCAAAAAGUGUAAAGAAGAGCAGCUAAGAUGAUUAAAGGCCUGAAGACUAAAACAUAUGAAGAAUUGUUGUAGGAUUUGGGUUUGGCUAGUCUAGACAAAAGAAGGAUUAGGAGUGACGUAAUAGCAGUAUUCCAGGACUUGAGAGGCUUCCACAAAGAGGAGGGGGUCAAUUUAUUUUCCAAAGCAUCAGAGGGCAGGACAAGAAAAAAUGCAUGUGAACUAAUCAAGGAGAGAAGCAACCUGGAAUUAACAAGAAUCUUCCUUACAAUGUGGACAAUCAGCCAAAGAUGUCUAGAAAGAGUGCAGAAAAGACUAACCAAGAUGAUUAGGGGACUGGAGGCUAAAACAUAUGAUGAACAGUUGCAGAAACUGGGCAUGGCUAAUCUAGUGAAGAGAAGGACCAGGAGAGAAUUUAGAAUAACAGUUGGAAGGGACCGUGGAGAUGGUCUAGUCCAACCCCCUGCUUAUGCAGGAAACCCUAUGCCAUUUCAGACAAAUGGUUAUCCAAUCUCUUCUUUAGAACUUCCAGUGUUGGAGCAUUUACAGCUUUUGGAGGCGUGUUGUUCCAUUGAUUAAUUGUUCUGUCAGGAAAUUUAUCCUUAUUUCUCGGUUGCUUCUUUCCUUGAUUAGUUUCCACCUAUUGCUUCUUGUCCUAUCCUCAGGUGCUUUGGAGAAUAGGUUGGGCUCCUCUUCUUUGCGGCAGUCCCCGAGAUACAAAUACUGCUAUCAUGUCACUCCUAGUCCUUCUUUUCAUUAAACUAGACAUACCCAGUUCCUGCAAUCAUUCUUUAUGUUUUAGCCUCCAGUCCCCUAAUUAUCUUGGUUGCUCUUCUCUGCACUUUUUCUAGAGUCUUAAGAUCUUUUUUACAUCCUAGAGACCAAAACUGGAUGCGGUAUUCCAGUAAAUCCAUGUAUUUGCCAUACACUAAAUAAAACAAGCUGUAUUUCCCA